GUGUACGGUACUACUUGUUGACUCGGAGAACACACGUCCAGUAUAACCCAUAUGUAGCCAUCUACAUCCAUGGUAACCACAGCCGAAAUUACAACGCUGUGGAGAUAGAUCUGGGAAUGCGACCGAAUGAAAGUAGCUGACACACGAUGGGGCUGCUCUCUGUGAGUGUCGGACCCUUUCGGAACCGAGUGUGGGCCGUUCGGACGUGGAUUCGAGACUUAUCCACUAUUUCAGCUACUUUUCACAACGGGAGCGCACUCCCGUCGAAGGCGUCACUGAUCCAAAGGAGACGUGGAGGAUUAUAUCAACACAGUCUCCCCCUUGCUCGGUUACUUAGCUCAAACAAACCACCAAAAGGUUUUGAAAAGUUUUUCCCAAAGAGUGAAGAAAGCACUGGCGUCAACAAAUCAGCUGAAGAUGAAAAUAGCAAAGAGCAAGAAUCUCUUGUAAGGGAAGAGCGGGACACAAAUGAUGAUGGGGACCAAAGACGAAGAGGAGGGAAAAAGGAAGAAUCACAGUGGUGGACACGCUUCCAGGAUGAUUUCCCCCUGGAUGAAAAAGCAGUGCGGUACUUUGCAAUCGGUGCUGCCGGCAUGACCUCAGCUUUUUUGUACUUUUACUUCCGAGAGACGGGGAUGCAGAUCUCCUGGAAGGACUUUGUACAGCACUACUUAAAUAAAGACUUGGUUGAUCACCUAGAGGUUGUCAAUAAACAAUACGUCAAAGUAAUUCCUGCCCAUGGAGUGAACACAUCAGAAGUGAGCUAUUUGUGGUUCAACAUUGGCAGUGUGGACUCAUUUGAGCAUAACCUGGAGAUGGCCCAGCAAGAAAUGGGUUUGGACUCACAGAAAGUUCCUGUAUUCUACAGCAGUGAAAGCGAUGGGGCACUCCUUUUCAGCUUACUCCCAACCUUACUGCUGGUCGGCUUUUUACUUUUUGCCAUGAGGCAGGGACCAAUGGCAGGAGGUCAGCGAGGAAACCCCUUCAUUAUGAGUGAAUCCAAAGCCAAGGUAAUAAAAGGCAACGUCGGCAUUCAGUUCAAGGAUGUCGCAGGCUGUGAGGAGGCCAAACUGGAGAUUUUGGAGCUUGUCAACUUCUUGAAGAACCCGCGGCAGUACCAGGACCUAGGCGCCAAGAUCCCAAAGGGUGCUAUGUUAUCAGGCCCACCUGGUACUGGCAAGACCUUGCUAGCUAAGGCCACUGCAGGAGAGGCCAACGUGCCCUUCAUCACCGUCAACGGCUCGGAGUUCCAGGAGAUGUUUGUUGGCGUGGGUGCAGCGAGGAUAAGGGAUACGUUUGCCACGGCUCGAAAAAAUGCCCCCUGCAUCCUUUUCAUUGACGAGAUUGACGCAGUUGGCAGGAAGAGAGGCAGGGGGAACUUUGGAAACCAAAGUGAGCAGGAAAACACCCUCAACCAGUUGCUUGUGGAAAUGGAUGGGUUCAACAGUAGCACUAACGUGGUCGUUUUAGCCGGCACCAAUCGAGCUGAUAUCCUGGAUCCAGCUUUGAUGAGGCCAGGGCGCUUUGAUCGACAUAUAUACAUAGGCCCACCAGAUAUUAAAGGCAGGGCAUCCAUCUUUAAGGUGCAUUUAAGACCUCUGAAGUUGGACACUAGUAUAGAAGUAGAGGCUUUGGCCAGGAAGCUAGCUGCACUAACCCCAGGUUUUACUGGGGCUGAUAUUGCUAAUGUGUGUAAUGAGGCUGCGCUAAUAGCUGCCCGACGCCUCAACCAACAUGUCAAUACUAAGCACUUUGAGCAGGCAGUCGAGAGAGUCAUUGGAGGUCUGGAGAAAAAGACUCAGGUACUGCAGCUUCCAGAGAAGACUACUGUGGCGUAUCAUGAGGCCGGACAUGCUGUUGCAGGCUGGUUCCUAGAACAUGCAGACCCCCUACUUAAGGUGUCCAUUGUUCCCAGAGGGAAAGGUUUGGGUUAUGCGCAGUAUCUGCCUAAGGAACAGUACCUGUUCACCCAGGAGCAGCUGUUUGACAGAAUGUGCAUGAUGCUGGGGGGUCGAGUGGCUGAGCAGGUUUUCUUUCGGCAAAUCACCACCGGGGCACAGGAUGACCUCAGGAAGGUCACGCAGUCUGCAUAUGCACAGGUUGUACAGUUUGGAAUGAAUGAGGCGGUGGGUCAGAUGUCCUUUGACCUCCCUCAGCAGGGUGACAUAGUAACUGAGAAGCCCUUCAGUGAACCUAAAGCCCAGCUUAUAGACCAGGAGGUCCGCUUGCUUAUAGAUGCUGCCUUCCAGCGAACACUUCAGCUCGUCACCGACAAGAAAGAAAUGGUGGAGAAGGUGGCAAAACGUCUGCUAGAAAAGGAGAUUCUAGACAAAGCCGACAUGGUGGAGCUGCUAGGAACUCGUCCCUUUCAAGAGAAGUCAUUGUAUGAGGAGUUUGUUGAAGGGCUGGGGGAAUUUGCAGAAGACACCUCUCUACCUGAAGGGCUAAAGAACUGGAACAAGAACAAAGGAAAGGAAAAACACCCGCAGAAUCAACAAAACUAUUACUAGGUGGGAGUUGACAGUACCCUGGGAAGAACAUAUGGGGGAAGCUCGCCAAAUACCAAGAGCUGGUGGAGCAGUGUAGGAGCCGAGGCUAGUGGGCCCUCUGCGAACCAAUCAAACCGGGGGUUUGUUGGGCGCUUGAUUUGCAAAGCUCUGACUGGGCUCAGAGUAACUGGAGCUGCGAAGAGGUGGGCCAUCCGCACCAUAACUGAAGCUGCAGAGAAAGCCACAAGGUGGCUUUGGAUAAAGAGGGCAAACCUGUGGAUUGGUGCUACUGGGAUGCAAGCAGGGACCUAAUCAACCCCGGCUGUGUCACCUGGGGGAGGGGGUAUGAUGUUGAAAGACCCGAAACCCCCAAUGACCCCAAGAGCAUCACUGAUGAUACAUCCCAGCGCAUCCUAGAGAUGUUUCUUGUAACCUGAAGAGUGCAGUUUGUGGCUCAUUUCACUGGAGGUGCCUUAAUUCAAUGCUCUGAUGCAGUCCUACAGGACAAUGACACUGACAAUCAUACCACAGAAUAAUCUUUACAAAACUGAUAUCACAUGAGAUAUGCUUUUUAAUAUUCAGCAUUAGUUGACAUCAUGUGGAAAUCAUUUGUUGUGGUGGUAUCAUAUGAGUUGCAUUUUAUUCUGAGGCUCAUUGCCCUUAUCCAACCUUAAAACUAUAAAUCUAUUAAGAAUGAUUUCUUCCCUAAGUGGGGGAUACCAGAUUUCUUCUCGUUUCUCAGAUGUUUAAGAUUUCAAAGGCACGUUGACUGUUUUAAAUCUUUCUUCACACUGUCGUACAAUGUGACAUUGUGUCUCAACUUAAAUAUAUUUUAAUCACCAUUAUAGUCUUUCAGCAAACAUCAACCUUCCCCAACUUGGUUCUUCUUUAUUUAGCAGUAAAGACAGCUGUUAGAACUCAGUGUUUGUAAAUUUGCUUGCACAUAUUACAAAUGUCAUUGGAUCACAUAUAUGUAGGUUGUUGUCUCUUCCUCAUUGUCCCAUACUAAUAGGAGUCAAUAUUGAUGUAGACAUUCAUUACUUUAGUUUGAUGGUUACUUAAAGACUGGGAACAGACUAACAAAAUGGCAUACCAUACACUUCAUUCUCACACUACCUCACAGUCUGUGUUCUUAACUGCCUCUUAAAAUGGCAUCAUCAUUUGUCACAAUACUCACACUAUAGUCUGGUUAUGCAUUGGUUUUCAUCCUGUUUAUUUUGUUAAUCAUAUGAAAUGACAUCCAGGAUGAUGCUUUCUGUGCUUCACUGUAGUUCAUGUGGAUAUCAAAAAUGAGUAAGGACUCAAAGUAAGGAGAGGAUUAAUUUGCUUUUCCAUGGAUGGAUUGGGUGACCAUCUUCAUCUCAAUACCUUGAGCCCUCCAACAUUUAUUAACAUGACAACAAAUUGCUGUUAUUCAGGAAAUCAUUUGUUUUGGUGAAUUGUGGCUUAUGUUUAAAUGUUUUCUCUUAUUGUGAGCCAAGCGAUCUGAACUUGAUAACUACUCAUGUUGCAUUCUCAUCUCAUGUAUUUGCCAAUUACAGCCAAGUUAAACUGCACCAAUGAAUUUUAUAUAAGACCACAGAUUUGUAUACAGUAGUGUAAAUGAACUGUAUAUCACAAUUAAAAACUGUGCUCGGCAUAGAAUGGGGCUGCAUUUCCAAAGUGUAGCUAUUAAAUGACACAAUAAAAUGCACUUUUU